AUGUAUCACAAGAUUCCUGGUGUACUGUCUCAACAGGUGGAGCAAAUUACAGGCUUUAAAAGGGAUCAGUUUCCAUUAAAGUAUUUGGGAUGCCCUAUAUUUCAUGCAAGGAGUAAAAAGGUAUAUUACAAUGACCUUAUCAAGAAGGUGAAAAACAAGCUGCAAAAUUGGAAAGGAAAAUUGCUCUCUUUUGGUGGAAAAGCAGUUCUUAUCAAUAGUGUGCUUCAGAGUAUUCCCAUAUACAUGCUUUCAGCUGUUGUUCCCACAAAAUAUACAAUUAAUGAUCUUCAUAAAAUAUUUGCAAGGUUUUACUGGAGUACUAAAGAAGAAGGUAAAAGUAGGAAUUGGUCCUCUUGGGACAAGAUGAAGCCUACAGAAGUGCAGUGGAAAGGUGGAUCACAAGUGUGGAAAAGAAUAUUAGAAGCAAGGGAUCAGGUGGAUCAACAGAUAUGGUGGGAACCUAGAAAUGGAGCAUGUGAUGUAUGGGAAGAUAAUUGGACUAAUCUUGGUUCAAUCAAACAGGAAAUGCCUCUAGAAUUUCAGAUUGACACCAGCAUUAAAGAGGAGGAGACAGUUCAACAUCUAUUCUUAAUAGGUGAAUUUGCAGUAGAAAUAUGGCAAUAUUAUAAUGCUACUGUGGGGAUAAUUGUUCCAAGGAUUCAGAUUCAUCAGACAAUAGUGCAAUGGUGGUAUAUGCAAGGUCCUACAAAACUCAAUUCGGUUAUGCAGGCUGCACCAGCAUUCAUAUGCUGGCUAUUAUAG